GGUGCAGCGGGGGUGGGCAUAAGGGAGAUUUUGAUCUGCCAGAGUAUUUUUUGUUGUAAAUGAAUUCCUUCUCUUUUUGUUAGUAAUAUGGGGCUGGUAAUGUUUUCCAUACUAUUUUGGUGAUAUUUUUUAGUGGCCCAGAUGAGUGAGUCGACAUCUCAAGAGGAACCCAAAUCUGCUCAGGAAAAUGGAAACGAAGACAAAGGAAGAAAAAAGGACUCAGUUGAACUGAAAGAGCCUCUUAAGAGUUCACAGACUAUACCAGACGAUUCUAUCAUAGAGACCAGCAAUGAUGUGGCAGAAGAAGCGACAGCUGAAAUCAAAUCCCAAGAAUCAAACCUGGAUGAGCAGCCACAAGUCUCAACUAGCUCUAUAAUAGACCCUGACUCUGAGGUUCCAAGAAAUAUGGUGGUGAGAAAACCUGCAAAAAUAGUUUUUGGUUUAGAUGAAACUGAACCGAAAUCAAAGCUAGAACAACCAUGGAAGAAAAAUCUCUUUCAAAAAAUAGAGAAAAGAGCCCAGGCAAUGCAGCAAAAAAUAAUAGAUAAAGAAAAUAUGAUGAAAGAACUAGAAAAAAAGAGUGAAAAAAGACUCCCUAGGGAUAAUUUGGCCGAAGAGUGGUUUAACACUGAAAGCAUGACACUCAAUACUCGUGCAUAUUUGCUUGACAAACUUCUACCCACCUUGAUUCCUGGAGUGGAAAAAAUGUUAAUGCAAGAGGAAAAAAAGAAGCUUUUGACAGAAGUUGAUGUUCCAACCAAGUUUGAUCCAAUUAAUCGUCUGGGAGAAUAUUUAAUGAGAAACAAUACUUAUUAUGUCAAAGACCAAGGAAUGUCUGGUUACCAGAGGGUGAUGAGAGAAGUCACAGAAAACCUGAAGAUACACGUUCCUGACACUAUCUGCAACAGAGUAUCCAAGAUGAAGGAGCAUAUUAAGGAGAAAAGAGAACAAAGAGAAUGCUUAAACAAAGUCAAAGUCAAGGUGGCCAACACGAGGAAGCAAGCUCUGCAGGAACAGUUUGAUGAAUGGAUUCUAGACCCCAAAGGAAUGAUCCCUCUGGUGGUGAUUCAGAAUGUUCUUCAUGAUUUUUUUCAAAAUCCAGAAUUUGAGCUUGAAUCAUAUUGCAAACAACUGGAUAUUAUUGAGUCAAUGGAACCAAGACUGGACAAAAUGGAAUUUACAGAAUACAUCUCUUCACGCAUCACAGAUUUUAAGAGUGAAAUGUUUGAGAAACUCCUUAAGCACCUUUGCCACUGUGCAGAUGAAUUCCGCGAGGUCAUAAAAACUGACAUGAGGAGGAAGAUGUUUGCUGAGCUCUUUCUGCAUUGUGACCGUGGAAAGAUAGGGUUUUUGGAUCGGCAGAGAACACUGGCCUUGCUGGAAACGUUCUAUGAUCAAAGUCCACAAAUGCUUAGGAGUAUACUCCGAAACCCAAGACAGUGGCCGUUCAUUGAAUUUGAGGAGAUAGUAUUAUCUGAGUUCUGGGGAGACAUGGAUAAUCAGAAACACAUUUAUGAAGACUUUGACAAAAUGCUGUUAGAGAUGAAUACAUUACUUUCUGAAAAUCAUAUUGAUAGAACCCAAAGUGAAUUAUUAGAAAAUCCAGAAUAUCAACAUAAACAUGAUGAACAAAGAACAUCACUACCACCACCAAACCCACCAGGACAGCAGAGAAGGAGAACUGUGGAACAAGGACCACACAGAAUUUCAACUGAAGAACAAGGAAGAGCGCCAACUACAGAACAAGAACUGCACAGAGAAUCAAUAGCAGAACAAGCAGUAAACACAGAGGCAACUCCAGAACAAAGACCACAAAGAGGGUCAGUAAUAGAACAAGGACAGAGCCAAGGGUCAACAGUAGGACAAGGACCACGCAGAGUGUCAGCUUCAGAACAAGGGUCAGACAGAAAAUCAAUAAUAAGUCAAGAACCACUCACCAUGUCCGCUUCAGACCAAGAGUUACAGAACGAGACUAUAAUGGAGGGAACACUCAGAGUGUCAGCAUCUGAACAAGGGUCACGUAGAGACUCAAUAAUAGAGCAAGGACCACCCAGAGUGUCUACUUCAGAACAAGGGUCACACAGAGAGACAGUAAUAGAGCAAGGACCACGCAGAGUUUCAAUUUCAGAACAAGGGUCACGCAGGGAGUCAAUUACAGAACAAGAACAGCACAAAGGGUCAAUAGGACAAGGACCACACAAAGUGUCACUUUCAGAAUAUGAAUCACUCAGUGAGCUGACAGUAGAAGAACCACUCAAUGAAUCAGAACAAGGCCCUUAUGAAGAGGUAAUUCCCAUAGAACAACAGGACAGAGACUCAAUUUCACAAUCAAGAAAAAGUAGUAUCUUGAAAGAAAGUAUGAAAUCUAGGGAGGCUGCUCCCUCUAAGUUCAUUGAAAUCCCUACUCAGGAACAGAGGUCUUGGGAACAAAUACAUAAAGAGGAACCAGUCACGAGUUCUGAAGUGCAAGAGAAAGUUCCAACAUCAACUAGAAAAGAUCGUCAUUCAGAAACUUCAAAAAAGGAAGUUCAGAAAGACAAAUCCUGUGAACCCAAAUCCCAAAAAAUAGAAGGAAAGUCAUGGUCAGGUGAAAUUUUGACUUACAACUGGAAGAUGAACCAUGUCAAAUUUGAAGAUGAGGAUCAGGCAAACUCAAUCUAUGGUGACUCCAGGUUCACAGAUCUACAUUUAGUAAUCAGAAAUAUUCAGUCUUACAAGGAAAUAAAAGGUAGGAGUGCCUUCAAUGGAGUUUCCUUCAAUCUGCUCCAGUUUGUGCAGCUUCUGGAGACAUUUAUUGGUGAAGAUGCUCCCUUGAGUGUCAGUGAGACGCUUACCUCCUUUUUUAAGAGAGGAUAUGUUGAAACAAAAGAAGAGAAAAUGAGUGCCUUAGAACAGAUUAGACAAAAUGCUUUCCAUGUCCGUCGAGGGCUUCUCUUAGAAGCCCUCUUUCAGAAGUGGGACUGUGAUUGCUCAGGUUUCCUGGAUCUGAAGGAAGUUGAUAAACUAUUGUACACAUAUAAGGAGGGAAUGGAAAAAGAAUCUAUGAAGAAAGCUAAACUACACAUCCAAUUUCCAAUGCCACACCCUAAUCAUGAAGUGAGGUUGUCUUCAAAACAAUUUCAGAAGUACAUAGAAUUGGUCGUGUCUGAACUUAGGGGCAAUGAAGAUCAAGUUCUGGAAAGUGUUGUGGAAUUUCUGAUGGAUGCUUUAGAGAGAAGCCAUAUUGAAAGUCUGCGGAAUUGUGCCAGACGGAAGUGGCUGCACCAUAUCCAGCAAGCUGCAGAGACAAGUGGGGUGUCCCUGGAGCCAGUGUACACUGAGACCUUUAAAGCCCUCACCCAGGAUGCUGAAGCCCAUGGAAAUAAGAAGAUUAGUGCCCACAUUUCCCUCUUAGAAGAAAACCUACUACUGCCUGAUCGAGGGAAAAUUCUGUUGAGGAAUGUGGCUUGUACCUUAGACGAUGCUCCAUUUGUACUGAACAAAGUACUCUACAGGGACAUGAAGGGCAUCAGCUUUACAGUCGUGGAUGAAGGGAAACCAAUCCACGUCCCCCAAGUUCAGUACCAUGGGAACAUCUUCUUCUGGAAUGAGGCUCGCGAGAAGGAAGAUCGUAAUGGAUCAUUCCUGGCUCUUCCUCUUCAGGAUGCAUAUAUGAGGAUCUUUGGGGUCAUGGCUGUUGACACUCUUAGAGAUCCUCAUGAAAUAAACAUCUUCCUACCUCAUGAGAUCAGAUUCUAUCAGGGCGUUGCCAGUGUCUUUAGCACUGCCUAUCACCACGUCCACAGCCGGGAGCACAUCCUGCAUAUCGUGAUCACUGGUAUCAGCUGGCUCUAUGACAUCGCACCCAGCAUCACCUCCAUCACUACAUAUUUCAUUGAGCCGAACCCAGACCAGAAUUCAGACUAUGUUUUACGCAAUAUGAUGGUUACAGGCCAGCUGGGCCUUACAGAAAUUCACACAAAUCCCCCUACCAUCUUCAGGAAGGCAUCCAUCUUCAGAAAUUUUCUCUUUAAAUGUAUAGAUAGUUCAGAGGUUGUUUUGGCCUCCGCCUAUGGCGAAACCCACAUAGUAAUUCCACUGCGAGAGAGAACAGGAGAGGCUCUGGGAGUCCUCGAUUUUAACAUUGGCCGGAGCAGGAUGUUGUUUUAUCAAGAAUAUAAAGAUCUACAGAAAAUGAUGAAGAUGAUCCAAGCUGCCUGCUAUGAAAUACUGGGAGAAGCUUCUGGAGAGAUAAAGAAAAAAUAUAUCUUAGAGAUUGAAAAGGUCGGGGAAGUCCAGCGGGCAGGAGUGCUCUUCUUCCGAGUCAUGCUGCAGGAGUUGCAGGAAAGCCUCCAGCUCCUCAAUUCCAUGGACUUUGUGUCGCUGUUGCUCCUUGACCACACCCCUGUAGUGGACCCAAACACUCCUCGAGACAGCAAGUUCCAGGAGUUGGACGCCAAUGUAAACUUGGUGCAGGACGUCAUGAUGGCAGUUAUCUUGUUCUUUUAUCCAGAGCUGGAAUUUUCAAGUGAAUAUGGAAAUUGGGAUAAGUGUAAACUUUAUGUUAAUAAAUAUUUAGUCGAGAAUAUUUGUACUUUUGAUCCAACUGCUAGCAAUGUGGCAGUUAAUUUACAGCUCAUUGAUGAACACAUCAAAGGUCAUUCCCGAAUGGAAGUGUGGAAAUUCGGUAAUAUUGUCAUUGAACAGCUGUAUCACUGGGUACACAUCUGUUCCACUCUCACUGAGCUGAGUAAAAAAAUGAACAGUGCUAUUAAGCCUCCAUUGCCCUCCAAGAAUGACAAUUACAUUUAUGUGAAAAUGCGAGGGGAGAGUUCGCCAGAGAAUAGUUAAUGGAAUGGGCACUGUAUUUAGGAUACUUUGGACGUAUUAGAUUUUGUUAGCAACAAAAUAUUUUCAAUUGGAAAGGAGUGCCACAUUGCUACUAGACAUUUACCUCAGCACUUUCUAAAACCAAAAAUACUACCCAAGAAGAAAUUUUAUCUAAAUAGAAUCCAGUUAAGGUAGCCAUAACCUAACAUAUAUAAGAGUUAGAGAAUGUAUUUGGAAGUUUCCUUUUAGUUUGAGCUGUGUAUCUGCUGGGGGACUACUAUCCUUGAUUGGAUAGUUUUUCAUUUAUAUAAAAUAAAGACCAAAAUAAAGACCAAAGAUUUAGAGUUUGAAAAGAUGUCAGUGUUUACACCAAAA